AUGUCCUACGACAUAGAAGACGGUGCUCCCACCACCCUUAGCCUCUCCUCAAUAAACAGCUCCAGCACCUCUCCCUCUCAAUCCCUCGUCCCUAGUACAGCCUCCCACCAUGCCCGCUCCUCGAUGAGCACCCAUGAAUUCUCCGAUUCACCCACCCUCGGACCCGUUCCCGCAGUCAUCAAAUCCUCCAACGGGAAUCUCUUCUGGGCCGACGAAUCCUGCGCUCGUCGCGUAGGACUCACCUGCAACGAAGCACGUCUCUUCUUGCAGCUGCAAUCCGGUAAUUACAAUUACUCUGAAUAUUCUCCCAUGUUCCAUGCUUUUGGAGAGGAGAAAAAAAAUCUUGAGCGCAAACUCAGGGAAUUGAAAUGGUGGCAGGUGGAACGGAGACAAGAGUGGGAGAAGAGAGUUGAGUGGUUGAGGAAGAUGGAGGAACCGAGACUUUGGUUGCUUUAUUUGAUGGCGAGGAAGAGGAGGAUUCUAUGGGUGGCUUGUAGAAGGGUUUUGGAUAGGUUGAGGUAUAAGAGAGAAGAGAGGGAGGAGAGGAAGAGGAAUUCUCAGAUAGGGAUUGAGAUUUCGAGAGAAUCUACUACGGGGGAAAAUUCAUGUCCAUCGCAAUCCGAGGACACGCAAACGGAUGAUAGCGAGCAAUCGGUAACUGAACUAACUACAGAUACACUGACCCAAUUGGCUCCCGCUCAUCAAUCUGUCUCUAAUCCAGCAAGCACACAGUCUCCAUAUCGACUCAGCGCCGUAGUCAUCACCCCGCUGCUUCUCAGUCUCAUAGUAGGAACUUGGUUCAUGGCAGUGACUGGUGAUGUGAUCACAGCUUGGACAUUGGCUUUGUAUAUUGUGACGGCGGCUGCGGCUAUCGUUGCACUAUUGGGUAUUAUUGGGAGUUUGAAGGAUGUUUGAGUAUUAAUUUAUACUGUGGGGUUAUUAACCUGGUGUAUACCAUGUGUUUUGCGUUUAAGUUUUUGAAUUGUUGUAAUGGGAAACUUAGACGACUGGGAAUUAGUUGUAUGGGGAGUAUUUGGUUUGGGAACUUUGUAGAGUGAUAAUUAUAAUGAAAGUGUCUUGCUCAUCAA